AUGCAAACCAGAAGUCAUGAUAAGAACCUCAAUCAAGAUGAGGAAAAUCUCGAAGUUCGUGACAUGAAGCAUGGCUAUGUUGCUGGCGAUUCAUCAGAGACCCUACCAGGUGGUAGAGAGAAGGGACCUCGUGAACACUUUGAAGAAAUCUGCCGAGAUGAAAACUAUGAAAUUGAAAAGCAUCAUACCAAUGUCAGAGGUGACUAUACUGUCGUCUUUAAGCACAAGUAUGGUGGUAAGGAUCAAACUUUCCCUAAUAUUUCAAGAGAGAGAAUUGAGAAUAUGCCAUCAAGAGUUAAGGAUGUCAUCUUGAAGAAGAAGUCAAUCUAUUAA